CUUUUGCAAGGAAGCGGCGGCAGCAGCAGGAAGAGGCCGGCCGGCAGUCAGGAGCAGCGCUGGUGCCAUAGACCCAGGAUCAACAUGCCCAGGGGCAGCAGGAGCGUGGGAACCCGGUCGACUGUGGCCAGCAGCCCAGCGCCAUCCCAUGCCCACCCCCCAGCUCACCCUCCUCCUUCGGCAAUGGCUGCUCCAGCUCAGCCCCAACAGCCUGGCUUAAUGGCCCAGAUGGCUACGACCGCGGCAGGAGUGGCUGUUGGCUCUGCAGUGGGUCAUGUGGUUGGUGGCGCACUCACUGGGGCCUUCAGUGGAGGAAGCAGCUCUGAGCCGGCCAAGCCAGCCAGCAGUGCUGUCCAGGAGUCCAGGCCGCAGCCAGCCUAUCAGGGAUCCCAGUUUGGCCCCUGCCACUACGAGAUAAAGCAGUUCCUCGACUGCGCUACCAACCAGAGCGACCUAACGUUGUGCGAGGGCUUCAACGAGGCCCUGAAGCAGUGCAAGUACAACAGCGGGCUUGCUUCCCUCCCAUGAGGACAUUUUAGCACUAAUGCCGCAAAAGGAGAAGAACCUGGAAAGAGAAACAAACUGAAGGAGCCCAGAAGGGCUAGGGACUGGAAGACAGAGACAGAUGAGGGAUCUGACCAGAUUGGCCAAAAAAAAAAAAAAAAAAAGCUCUCUAGUGUUGUUCUCAGUUGUAGGCUGGCAAACAAGGAGAAUUCUAGUUGCAAUUUUUAUAGCAGAGUUUUAAGGAUCUGGGUCCCACUUGAAUUCUUGUAGAGAAAUGUAAAAUAAAAGGAGAUGGCUUUAUUUUAAUCUA